AAUUCGUACCGCAUACAACUACCCGCGCGCCUGACCCAGCGUGGAGUACACCCGGUGUUUCACGCAAGUUUAAUGCGCGUUCACGUUCCUAACGAUGACCGUUUAUUCCCAGGACGCUCGGAAACGCAGGUCGCAGACUUUGGCGAAGAUGGUGGCGAAUGGGCUAUAGAACGGAUCCUGUCCCAUAAGGGUAAGGGACGUUCGGCCAUCUUUGAGGUCAAAUGGAAAGCCGGUGAUGUCACU